AUGCACGGUUGCAAGCGGGCACGCCUCGGCCCGUUUGUGAGGACAUCCGAGAUUGGAGACCCUGGCUUCGAUCUCGGCGGAUGUGAGCAGUGCCAGGUCAAACAUGGUGCCGAGAACCUGCAGAAGCCGCCGAUGUCGGUCCCAUCCGUGGAGGGCUUCGCGCGCUGGAACUUCGAGCGCAAAGCAGACCUCGCCGGCGCCAUCUCUGCCAAUGCCGCUGCGCAAGGCAGGCCACUGAGGCUCUUCUCCAUGUACACUGGCUGGGGCACGGCGGAGAUGGUGGCCAAUUCGGUGGGCCGCGUCUUCAACGCACUGAAGGGCAGCAACGCACUGCAGGUGGAAGUUGCAUGGAUGUGCGAGUCCAACCUGGACAAGUGCCGCUACUUGGCAGAGGCAUUCAAGGAGGUGCAGCAUAUCUUCACCGAUGCCACAGAGGUCGCCAGCGGCUGUGCGUGGGAAUAUCGAACCGGCCGCCGACUCCUUGUUCCCAUGGAUCUUGACGGCGGCUUCGUGGGCUACCCAUGUGUCGACCUCUCCAGUCUCAACACGGGUCCAGGACAGUUCAAGGAUGCGAGCACUGCGACGGGCAAGGGCUAUGCCAACAUGCUGAAGGUGGUGGAUAAGUGUGACAGACUCUCCUUCCUCGGCGUGGAGAACAGCGGCAACAUGUGGCACAAGCGGAAGGAGGACCAAUUCGAGAGGCCGAUUGACAUCCAAGAUGCUGCGUUCCGCGAGCGAGGCUUCCUGGCCUCUUCACACCGGGUUUCUGCCCACGAGUUCGGUCCUCCACAGAGCCGGACGCGCUCCUGGAGCUUGUACAUGCGGAAGGCAUGCAGCCGGGCGGACGGGCUCGAGGGGGAGGUGGCCCUGUCGAACCUCUUCCUGUCAUUCCGCUGCGAGGCGCUGUCUUUGCCAAAGCUUCUGGCGGAGAUUCCCGGGUUCCGCAAAGCGCCGGCGCCCAGCGAGAAAGUGGGGAAGUCGGCCAAGUGGAUGCAGCAGUUUGCAGAGAUUGCCAAGAGGCUGGGACAGGAGCAGCUCGACCUCAAGGUCCAAGAGGUUCUCUCCAUGGACCUACCCCUGACCUCGCGAGAGGUCCAUGUGGUGGCCAUUGCCGUUCAUGAGCUCCAAGCUCGCGGCGUGGACUUGCGGAAAGAGCCUGUGGUCAUUCAAGUGGACCAAGGCUUCGGGAGAUCCUGGCAUCGAUCCGAUCACCGGAUCGCCCCCUGCAUCAUCCCCAAGGGCAAGUACCUCCUGACGGGCCCGACAUGGAGGCUGAUGGACAAGCAGGAGAAAUGCUUUCUUCAGGGCGUCGGACCGCAGGAGAUCCGUGCCUAUCGCAUGGAAGAGCUGCUCUCCGAGAAUCAGCUGAACGACAUGGCGGGAAACGCGUUCACCGCGCAGAUUUGCAUGGCGGCGUAUCUGUCCUUCUUGGUUUGCUGGAACUCGGGAGCGCGCCCGGGUAUGGAGGCAAAACAGGAGCCGGUAGGGUUUAGGGUUUAG